CCAGCCAUGUAAGGCAGCGGCUCCGGGCGCGCUAAUUCAUUACCUCACACCCGCCGGGAGCCAGGGCGGGGCGCAGCCCGCUCAGCCUGUGGGGGCGGGCGCCGGGCCGCUCACCAAUGCCAGCCCGGCGGGGGCGGAGCGGCGGCGCCCGGCUCGCGGCGGCUGGGUUUCCCUGCGCGCGUCGGCUCCCGGGUGGCUGCCAGGCUGGGCUGGGGGGACCCGCGCCCGCUCAGAGCCGAGGGGAUGGAGCCCGUGAGCGUUGGCAGCUGCAUCCUUGAGUAGGACUCCUCCUCCUCCCGCUCCCCUGCUUGGAGGACAUGCAACAGCACCUGCCCUGGAGAGAGCUGGAUUCUUGCAUGGUUGAUGUUAGUAGCACUCCACGGGUGACUGUUUAGCCUGAGUCGAGCAAUGCUCCCUGCAUUCCACGCAGAAGAGAGUGCUGCCUUCAUCGGACUUGUUCACCCAAACGUUUCAGAUGAUAUCUGGCUCUGCAUUAAUUGUCAUGAUGUCUGACAAUAAAACAAAGUCCACUAAGCCUGCAAACAAGACUCCUCCAAAGUCUCCUGCCGAUCCGGCAAAAGAGAGAGCAGCCAAAAGGCUAUCUUAUGAGUCAAACAGUUCCCACGAAGGGGCCAUGGCUGCAGAACUUACUGCUCUAGAAGAGUCUUUUAAAAAGUUUGCCAUCCACGGAGAUACCAGAGCCACAGGAAAAGAAAUGCAUGGGAAAAACUGGUCAAAAUUAUGUAAGGACUGUCAUGUAAUAGAUGGGAAGAAUGUGACAAUCACGGAUGUUGACAUCGUCUUCAGUAAAAUCAACGUGUCACUGGAAGUGAUGCCGUCCAGAAGACACCUUCUUCUUCGUUCCAUAAUUUGGUCAUGUGCUAGCUUGGCUACUUAUUGGGGGAAAUCUUCUAGGACGAUUACUUUUGAUCAAUUUAAAGAAGCUCUUCAAGAACUCUCCAAGAAACGAUUUAAAGACAAGAGCAAUGAGGAAGCAGUUCAAGAAAUACAUAAACUAAUCGAAGGAAAAGCCCCGAUCAUAUCUGGAGUAACGAAAACCAUUUCAUCUCCAACUGUAUCACGACUUACAGACACGUCAAAAUUCACUGGUUCCCACAAAGAGAGGUUUGAUCCAAGUGGGAAAGGAAGAGGCAAAGCAGGACGAGAAGACCUGGUUGAUGCGUCGGGCUAUGUGCCUGGGUACAAGCACGCAGGCACAUAUGAUCAUAAAGUACAAGGAAGCAAGUAAGCCUGGGGAGUUUAAAAAGAGAGAGAGAGAGAAUAUACCUGUAAGAAUGAUGUAGAUGAAUCCCACAUGUUUCAGUUAUCGUGAAUGCGAAGACUAUGUUGGCGAGAAGUGUUUUCAGGAACUGGAACUGAUUUCAACAUCUGCUGAGAUACUUGCAGCACAGCAACACUUCAUUACAUUCCUCAUGCUUACAUUGGCAACAAAUAUAAAAUACAAAGUUGUUGAGCUUUAGACAAGAAACCAAAUGCAAGGGCUGUUCUACCACACUUUGUCAAUACUGGUAAAAGAUCUCAAACAUUC